AAUGACGAUCUGACCUCCUGGAACUCUGCCCGCCAAAACUGAAACCAACCCACGAGAACAUCUCAACGCUGUUACUCUGCGAAGUGGGAAGGAAAUUCAAGGCGCUGGCAUGAGUUUUGACCCAACCUUGGAAGAGUCUGUGGCUGAACCAGUUAACCAACCAGCCGAAGAAAAGAAGAAAGAAGAACAGGAAGACAAGGAACCUUUUCUGUCCCAACAUCCAAAUGGUGAUCUCCCGCCAAAGAAGGUGACCAUACCCUUUCCAUCAAGGGUAAAGAAGAGCAAGGAUGAAAAAGCCUUCAAGAAGUUCUUAGACAUCAUGGGCCAAGUUGAAGUCAAACUACCCUUGGUCGAUGUCUUGACGGAGAUGCCAAAGUAUGCCAAGUUUUUGAAGGACUUGGUCACGAAUAAGAGGGACUGGGAAGAGGUUCCAGUGAUAAAUCUCAACGCAAGCUGUUCCGCGUUGUUGCUCCAACAAAUGCCUGAAAAAUGCAAGGAUCCAGGACCUACUGAAUUUUGUCACUCUGUUAAAAUUUUGAAAGACAAAGGGUCUGUUGAGACACUUCUCGGUCUGGAGGAGAUUUUGAAGGUUGAGGAGAUUGAACCAAGCAAGUGUGAGGAUGUUCAGGAAGUAGAGGCUAAGAAUGAUCACUCUAAGGGAUCCGAUUCCCUAGAAUUGAAGCCACUUCCUAAAUAUCUUGAAUAUGCAUUUCUAGAUGACGAGGGCAAAUGACAAGUCGUCAUCGCAUCUGAUCUGAGUGUGGGA